GCAGGUCGACCGCCGCCAACGCGUGGAAGCGCUUAUCUUCCUUUUUUUAUACUUUUCUACUUUUAUACUUCACCGUCGUCGUCGGCUUGAGCAGUUCUCGAAGCGCUGCGAGCGGCGAAGAGGAAGGCUGUUCGAGACGAGAAAACCGCAGAAUUCCAUCGAGAAAGGCAACAGCUCGUCAUGCUGAGCUAGGGCAACGCACCUCCAAGAAAGCAACUACGGAACCUUUUUGUAAAAAACCAAAAAAAUAGUGAUAAACCCCACCAGCAACAUGCACAUCGAAGUGCAAGUAGCACUCAACUUCGUCAUUUCGUACCUGUACAACAAGCUGCCGAGGCGGCGCGUCAACAUCUUCGGCGAGGAGCUGGAGAAGGCCCUGAAGGAGAAGUUCGAGGGCCACUGGUACCCGGACAAGCCCUUCAAGGGCUCGGCGUUCCGCUGCCUCAAGACGGGGGACCCCGUGGACCCGGUGCUGCAGCGCGCCGCCCGGGAGGCCGGCGUCCCCGUGCACGACGUGCUCGACAACCUCCCCCAGGAGCUCGCCGUCUGGGUGGACCCCGGCGAGGUGAGCUACCGGAUCGGCGAGAAGGGCGCGGUGAAGCUGCUGCUGAGCGAGUCGGGGGCGGGAGCGGGGGGCGCCGGCGGCGAGGGCUCGCCGGCGGCGGGCGGCAGCGGGGGCGGCAGCGGGGGCGGCCCGGCGGCGGCGUCGGCCGAGGACCGCGAGGUGACGCGCACCUUCAACCCGGAGGCGCAGUGCUUCCGGCCGGUGGAGGCGGAGCCGCACGCCGGCUCGGCGUCGCCGCAGCCCGCGCCCAGCCCGGCCGGCUCGCCGUCGCCCGUCGCCGCCUCCUUCCUCACGAGGCCGCCGCCGCCGCCGCUCACCUUCACCACCGCCACCUUCGCGCAGACCAAGUUCGGCAGCACCAAGCUCAAGACCUCCAGCAAGAGGGCCAACAGGAUGUCGCCGACGGAGUUCAGCAACUACAUCAAGCAGCGGGCGAUGCAGCAGCAGCAACAGCAGCAGCUGCAGUCGCCGCGGCCGCUGUCGCCGGCCGACUACUUCCUGCAGGGCUACCAACAGGCGCACGGCUCGCACUUCCCCUACCACGAGCUGUACCACGCGCCCCCGCCGCCACCCCCGCACCACCACCAGCUGUUUGGCGGCGCGGGCGCGGGGGCGGGCGCGGGCGCGGCGGCGGCCUCCUCCCCCGACGGCCCGCCGCCCCCGUCGGCCAAGCAGCUGCUGCCGCCCCCGCCGCCCCCGCACCACUACCAGGCGCACAGCCCGUACCAGCACCUGCUCGUAGCCAACUAGGCCCGCCCUCCAGCAGCAGCCGGCUUGAUCAUCUUCUAGUCGCAGGGUGGCGAGCACACCCUUUACCUUGGAUUACGAUUCGGGUCGCUCUA